AUGAAGCAUAAGAAGACCCAGCCCAGGAAGCAGAAGCCAAGGACCAAGCCUCCGUGGCGCGUUGCACGUCCUCAUAGCAUGGCCAUAGAGCUAGGCAGAGCAGUCUACCAAAUGGCGAAGCUCAACAGCAAGAUGGACAAGUUGACGACACAACUGCAGCCAAAAGAGUCCGUCGACCGCGCCGAUAUCAACAACCUCGAAGCCAUACACGACUACUCCGGAAGCGGCGGGACCGACGAGCAACGUGCAGCAGUGGUGUUGCUUGAUGCUAUUCUUGCAGCGGAGCGUGAUACUUGUUCGACUUCCAAGCGGAGGAGCAAGAAGGGUAGACGAGCGUGUCCUGCAGAAAGGUUGGAGCAGGAAAAGCAUGGGGUCACGAUCAGAAGAUUCCAGUAUGCUGUCCGUCGGUAUCUGAGUUAUCGGUUCCCUGCAUCGUGGGAGCGGAUAUUGGAGGAGUUGUGA